CAGAAGCUGCGGCGGCUGUGGCAGGGAAUCCGGGAUCUUCGCUGAGGGGGAAACGCGAUAACCGGCCCUCCGCUACUGCCACCACCCUCUGAACCAUCGGGUGGGUGGGGGGAGGGAUGGAGGAGCAAAUCAAGCUGAACGUGAGCUGCGGCGGGGAGACUCAAACUUUCCUGGUUUGCGACUCGCAGAAGACGACUUGGGCGGACUUGGAAGCCAUGGUACAAGUUUCCUUUGAUCUCAACAAUGUGCAAAUGAAGUACUUUGAUGAAGAUAAUGAGGAGGUGUCUGUUAACAGUGCAGAAGAAUAUGAAGAAGUUUUAAAGAGUGCAGUUAAACAAGGAAAUCGGAUUCGAAUGAACGUUUAUGAAGUAAAGCACCUGAAGGAAAAACCAGAAAGCCAGUGUGUAAAGCGGACCUUUGAAAAUAAUGAACUGAAAGAAUCUCAGAAUAAGAAAGCUAAGAAAAAAGAAAUGAAACAUUAUUCGCAGUUAGCAAAGUCCAUUAGCCAAGACAUGAAGGUAACAGAAGAAGCUAAAAGAAAGAUGUCAAAAGAUGUAGAUCAAAGCAAGAACAAUUGGCGGCUGCCUCCAGUUUGGUUUACACAGUACAUGGAAACAUUCAAAGAUAAGCUCGUGAAAGAAACAGUUGACCGGAUCUGUUGUGACUUCUUUGAGAAGGUGAACAUUCAGCAGCAGGUGCGUGACCCAUUCAGUGCCCCAGCAGCACCUCCUGUUCAAGUUCCAGAGGCCCACACUACACAGAUCGGCUACUAUGAUUGGCUCAUGGCUUGUAGCAACUGUCUGUCUCGUAUUCUUGGAGUACGCUACCAGUGCAGCAUUUGCCCCACAUACACCAUCUGUGAGUCCUGUGAAGCUAGUAACUAUAGGCAUGAUCUGAACCACCCAUUGCUGAAACUGAGAAAACCUUCAACAUCUUCACCUGAGAUCACACUGGCACAGUUUGUUGGAAACGUUAUCCCUGAUGUAGCAGAACAAACAAGGCUACAAAAACAAAUAGAUAAAACUUUUUUGAAAGCUGAAAAGCAAAGAUUGCGAUCUGAAAAGCUGCAACGCAAAGCAGAGUUUAAGGAGAUUAAAAAACAGCUAAAACUACAGAAAAAACAUCUGCAAUGGAAUGGUGUACCUCUUGCGGAACAAUUGAAUCAACCAAUACAAGAACAUAAAGGAGUUCAGCACACUUUAGCAGUGCCUGUUAUUUCAAUUUUGGGAGCUGAAUUUGUGGACGAGAACUUCCCUGAUGGUACUCAUCUUCAACCAGGAAUCAAAUUUAUCAAACACUGGAGAAUGAAGAACACGGGCAAUGCUAAUUGGACAUCUGCCACAAAACUCCAGUUUAUGUGGGGCAACCUUAUCCUGGCUUUCCCUGCAAAAAAAGAAGUUUCUGUUCCAUUCCUACAACCAGGAGACAUUGGUAUUGUAUCAGUGGAAUUUGUUGCACCCACCUUUGAAGGCACUUACGCUUCUCAUUGGCGCUUGACUCAUAAAGGAGAACAAUUUGGGCCUAGAGUAUGGUGCAGCAUUAUUAUUGACUCUCCAUUACUCAAUGAAACUCUUGAUGGAAAUGAAAAUUCCCUCUUUACCUCUAGCAAGACUAGGUUUCCUGGCAAUCAGAAAGAGGCUUCCUUGACUGUAGAAACUGAGACGCAGCCAUUUGUGCCAGAUCUUGAAGAAGCAGAGCCUGCAAAAACAGAAGCCAUAACAUUGCCUAAACUUCAGCGAAAAGACCAGAGCAGGGACUUUUACACAAUGGUGCCAUCUGUAGACCUUCUGACUGCACAGGACUUGCUUUCAUUUGAACUGUUGGACAUAAAUAUUGUGCAGGAAAUGGAACAUGUACCAAACAACACCCCAGUUGACAUGACUCCAUGCAUGUCACCUUUGCCCCAUGAUGGCCCACUAAUGGAGAGGCCAGGCCUAGGUCAGAUUGAAGAAGAAAAUGAAGCUAUUUUCAAGUCACGGUUUGACGUGACGCUGGUGGGGAAACCAACAGAUCAUCCUCAUUUUGAGGAGGGAGAGGAGGACAUCAGCGGAACUCAAUUUGUCUGUGAGACCGUUAUCCGUUCUCUAGCUUUAGAUGAGGCACCUGAUUUGCUGCCACGCCGCAGGGGUAAACCAGACAGCACCUUCCAAGAUCUGCACAAACCCUGUGGCUCUGACAUUGGCAUCAAAGAAGGAAAAUCUGAUAGAACCAUAGUGACCACAGCUCCUGCUUUAAGACAGUCCGAAAAACCUUGCACAGAAGAGGUGCUGCCAGAGAAAGAUAAUCUUGAAACUGAUGUGGCUGAUCAUUCCAGUGUAAACUUUGAAGAAGAAAAGUAUGAAAUACAAAGCCAGGUCUCUUCGGACUGUUCAGAGGACUACAUUAUCAUCCUGCCUGAGUGCUUUGAUACUAGUCGUCCACUAGGAGAAUCUGUGUGCAGUUCUGCUUUUUCCCAACCUGAAGAAAUGGAGGAUGAGAUAGAAGUGGUAUCAGAUGCAGAGGUCACUGAGAGUGAAAAUGCAGUUGAUGAAAGUAGGCCUCAGUUGCAAAACGUUAAUGAUAUGUUGUGUACAUCUCAGACAUUGGAUAUGGAGCCCCUUAAACCAGAGGUGCUCUCUGCUCCUUUGCACCACCACAGGAAUGAUGGCUCAACUUUAAAUUCAAGCGACGUUCAUUCUGAUGUGUCGGGAAUGGCUGAUUUAGAGAAUCCUGCAGUUAGAUCACCUGUUCAUCAAGAAAAUAUUGUGUCUACACAUUUGGAGGUAGAGUGUGCAGAACCACCAAAGAUCAUGAAUAAAAGACAGUGCCCACAUUUAAGACACCAUAGUGGCAUUGCUGGUGAACUGGUGAAGGGAGCCCUGUCUGUGGCGGCCUCUGCUUAUAAGGCUCUUUUUGCAGGGGACACCAGUGUGACACAGGCUGAAGCAACAGAGAAUCAAACAGCAUCCAUGAUGGAUAUUCUUUUUGAAAUGGGAUUUUGUGACAAACAACUAAAUAUGAAACUGCUCAAAAAGCAUAGCAACAAUCUCAUUGAAGUUGUCACUGAACUUCUCUACAUCAGUGAGAACGACUGGUAUACUAACCGCCACUGAAUAAACACAGGAUACAUGGAUCGCCACUUAAUGUGGAGCUGCCACAUUUUUGUGCACAAUCGCAGUAAUCAAGGACAAUAUCCACAUGACAAUAUCAAUAUCCUCAGAAUUCAUUUUCAGCAAUGUGCUCCAUUGCAUUAACACGGAGUUCAUUUAUUAUUGAGAAAAUAAUGCGCUUGCUUUCUCUAUUCCAUAUUAAUCCACAUUUCACUUUUUAAGUGUGUGGGUUUUUAUAAAGUUAAAGCCAGAAGAAAAACAGCUCAAGAUGUGUCUAUCAGUCUUUGAGUCUGGUUGAUUAUUUUUGGAAAUUUAUUCUGCAUUGAUGCUGAUAUCCUUUCAAAUUACACUACACUCAAUACAUUAAAGUUUUUUUGCAUUACAUAAUGUACUGUUUAGUUUUGAAAAGCCAUAUUCCAUGCACAGUAGAAUUCUGUACACAAUUAAACACUACAGCGAACCUGUAUCAAUGCAAUGAGUGUGCUUUAGGGACCCAUUGUCAUGAACAUGCUUCUUUCACUGUGACUCUUCCAGGGAAGAAAAUUCUAUUAGCAUGGCAUACCCAUUUGAACAGAUACAAUUGAAACUUCAUUUUAGAUCAUCCAUUUUGUCGUAGUACAAACCUAAUUCUGUGUUUGAUCGGCUUUUUAAAUUUGCUGUAAGAUUCAAAUAUUUAAUAUGAUGGAAACCUACGUUAACAAUAAUAGCCACUUGCCAUAGCCUUUAGUUUAAGAAACAGGUCUGCUGUUGUUAGUAACAUUAUUUUGGGUUGUGGAAAGUAGAGCGUGUGUGUGUCUGUGCGCGUGUGUGUAACAAUAUGCAUAGCGCAAAAUUGAAAAUGUCAUAAUCAAUCUGUUGUUUUAAAACAUUAAUCAGAUGGCAGUAGAAAAAGUUUAAUUUGAAAUAAAUCCUGUUCUGGUGGACUAGGUCAAAACAUUACAUUUUUUUAGUCUUUUAUUUAUGUUUUCUUCCUAUUGUUCCAGUAUGUGGAAAUUUUGUGUUUUGAAAUGAGCAUUGUAGCAUUAGUUGCCAACCUAUAUAUGCUUUUAAGGAUCUGGUGUUGAGUGGAUGUUCUUAGUAGAAUAGUCUCAGCUAUAUGGCAGAGUUGGCAUUUUAUAUUCUUGUGUUCUGGCCAUUUUCAUAGUCCAGCUUGAAUAAUAGCACACACUAAUGUUUGGAUUGAAACCACUCAAUUGGACUUUGAAAUGAUGUGGCAUCUUUUCCUUUUCCUUUUUAGGACUGAGGUGGAUUGAGGGUUAUGUAUUAAUUCAAAUACAGAUAAUUCCAGAUUUGUAGGAACCAGCUUUUGUAUGUGUUGCAAUGCACACAAUUAUAAUUAUAUUCCCCACCCAAGGAAACAACACACUCUUUCAGUCCAGAAAAUGCUCUCUGUGGCAGUUGUUAAUUAAAUGUUUCUGAGAAAACUUCUGUCAAUAGAUGGCUGGGAUUUGAAGAAUUCAACAUUUUUAAGAUUCCUCUCAAGCUGGUUGCUCAUUAUUUCAUUGGAACCUUCACUCCAGAUGUUUCACAAUCUUGGUACUUUUGAAAUGUAAUGUAGAUAUAAUUGUUAACUCCUAAAUACAUACCCAAAAAUGGAGUGUUAUCCCAAUUUUUUUUUGGCUGAAGAAAAAAACCCUGAAUAACUCUAGAAUCUUCACAUCUGACUUUGAAAUUGUGUUGUGUUCACUCAUCUUUCCCCUUGCCCACCAAGAGUAAAACUUUUGUCAGCUCAACCUGCUGGUUGCUGCAUUGACUGAAUUGGUACGGCAGUGACUUGGACAUUUCUGACAAGGACAGCUGUUGCUGGAUUCAUUCAUAGUCUAAAAAAUGAAACUAGUGUGCAAGAUAAUGAUGGAUUUUUCAUGUUUUUGAAUUAAUACAAGCUAAUUAAUUGGUUACUAAUCAGCUUUCCAGGAAACCCUGUUCGAGUAGCUGCAAAAAUAAAUAUUGGGUAUUCUAAAGGGAAUUAAACAAGUACUUAACAUGUUGGCAAUAUAGACAGCCAGCUUUCUCAUUAGAAUAACAUUUUAGGCAAAUAAGCAACUCACUUUUUGUUCUUUUUUCCUUCAACAGCUGGUCAUUAGUGACUAAAACAAAAAGAAGUGCUGGUAAACCAAUUUGUCAGCACAGUUUGUUCACCUGGAAAAUUAAUGUGCAGUUGCACUUUUUAUGAUUAAAAAGCAUAUUUAUGAUUUUGCUACAGAAAUCCAGAUUCUCAAAAUACUUUUAGCCUUCAAUUUUAGCUACUUUGCUGCCAAGAUAAGGAAAACAUCAUAAGGUUUGACUUGAUUUCUGCGUUAUCCAUUUCUAAAUGAGGUUUUGCCAUGAAGGAUGCAGCAAUAUUUACAGUAUUGGUGGACAUUUUUUUAUUAGUUUAUGAAUGUCUUCUAAUGCUCAAAAGUAAGUGCUUUGGCCAUAGGAAUUUCCACUUUAACUGCUAUUGAAGUUGUCCAUUCAGUAUGCUAGUGCUACAGUACACUAUGACUAAGAUGGGAUCUCCUGUAUUUUUGUUAUAAUUUGUGUUCUGCAAUUUUACUUCAUGCCCCACGCUUUUAAAUCUCAUGAGCACUAUGAUGUACUUAACUAUGUGUUUCUGCUUCAGAUAAUUGUGUGAUCCUAAUCCAGAACUCUUGAAAUUGAUAUGAAGUAGGCUACAGAAUGCAAGAAAAAGUUAAUGUGUUCUCAUAAACAUAUUUAGCCUUGCACCAUGACAUGACUUGCAGAUUAACUUCUGUCGCACUAUAAUAGUUUAAAACAUAACACCUGAUUGUCUUGUAACUUUUGGAAAAAAAUACAAUUAUGCUAAUAGUUUACAUUUAAAAGCAAAGUAUUCAAGCUAUCAAUAGGCUCUCAGUAUUUUAACAGGAUCCAAAACUGAAAUGCUUAUUGAUAGGUUUAAUACUGAUUUGGGAUUCCCUAGUCAACAAGUUUUAUACUGACCAGCGGUUUACGCAUUUACACAGCUAGACUUCACUUAUUUAGAAUGGACUGAAUGAAAGGUGCAUACUCGCAUUCAGCUAAUUAAUAGGUUCUUCCUUGGUACCAUCGUCUUACAGUUAGUGGCUGUUAACCUUACAUUAUGGGACUAGGAAUCAAAGGAAAUGUCCUUCUUUAAAAUAAAAACUGGAGACAAAAGUAUAUUUCCAUGUUCAAGAACAUUAUAGUUAUGCCAUAUGUAGAAACCAUUGAACCAUUUCUGCAGCUCAUCCAUAUUUUUACAUCCAUGAAUCCUUUUUGCACAUAAUUUAUCUCAAAAUUUGCAGUAUAUUAGAAUAAAAAUUAAUGCUUCAGUAACUUCUGAUGGCUUCAUUUGCACAUUGUCUACAUUUGCAUGUAAUUGUUUUAAAACCAAUUUUAGAGUGUAGACUCUUGCAUAGAUUGCUCAACAUUCUUUACAGAUCUGUAUUUUUCUGUCCUUUUAAAAUGUGAUGUAAAGGAAUUUUGAUUCCAAGAUACAUGAAUCAAUAAAAAUAUUGUUGAAAUAAA